AUGGGUCCUCAGGAGGAGGACGUGGACUUCCUGGCUAAGUUCUCUCGGCUGGUGAACGGGAUGGGACAGAGUCUGGUGCUGAGCUGGACCAAGCUGGCGAAGUCUGGCAACGUGAAGGAGGCGGCGGAGACGCUGCAGGCGGUGGAGGCCAAGGUGCCGCUGCUGCUUCAGCUGCUGGUGCACGAAGACGACGACAUCUCCGCUAACAUCGUCGGAUUCUGCUACGAAUAUCUGCACGUCCUCAAACAGCUUCCUCAGCUGACAGACCAGCAGAAAACCAACAUAGAGGCCAUCAUGCUCGCUGUCAUGAAGAAGCUGACGUACGACGACGAGUACAACUUUGAGAACGAGGGUGAAGACGAGGCGAUGUUCGUGGAGUACAGGAAGCAGCUGAAGAUGCUUUUGGAUCGUUUGGCUCAAGUUUCUCCAGAACUGCUGCUGGAGGCCGUACGCAGAGUCUUCACCAACACCAUGCAGAACUGGCAGACGGCUCCGUUCAUGGAGGUGGAAGUGGCCAUCAGGCUGCUCUACAUGCUCGGUGAAGCUCUGCCGGCGUCUCACGGAGCUCAUUUCUCUGGAGACACGGCGAAGGCCAGCGCUCUGCAGGACAUGAUGAGGACGCUGGUCUCCUGCAGCGUCAGCAGCUACCAGCACAGCUCCGUGUCUCUGGAGUUCUUCGAGACGGUCGUCAGAUACGAUAAGUUCUUCAUCGUGGAGCCGCAGCACAUUCCUAACGUCCUGAUGGCGUUUCUGGACCAACGAGGACUGAGACACAACAGCCCGAAGGUCCGCAGCAGAGUGGCGUACCUCUUCUCCAGAUUAAUCAAAACUCUGCAUAAACACAUGAACGCCUUCACGGAGGACAUCCUGACCCGCAUCCAGGACCUGCUGGAGCUCACUCCUCCUGAGAACGGUUUCCCGGCUCUGCUGACCAACGACGACCAGCUGUUCAUGUUCGAGGCGGCGGGCGUGCUCAUCGUGAACGGUGAGAGUCCAGCGGAGAGGAAGCAGGCGCUGAUGAGGAGCCUGCUGACGCCGCUGAUGGACGCUUUCCGCCUGCUGCUCGCCAAAAUGCCGCAGGAGACGGAGGAGGAGCGCCAGGCCGCCCUCGCCGACUGUCUGAGCCACGCGGUCGGCUUCGCCAGUCGGACCAGUAAGGCGUUCAGUAACAAGCAGACGGUGAAGCAGUGCGGGUGUACGGAGGUGUACAGAGACUGUCUGCAGACCUUCCUGCCUGCGCUGAGCUGCCCCGUCCAGCGGGGGGUGCUGCGGAGCUCCGUGCGCUCCUUCCUGCACCGUAUGAUCAUCUGCAUGGAGGAGGAGGUGCUGCCCUUCAUCCCCGCCGCCUCCGAGCACAUGCUGAAGGACUGCGAGGCCAAAGACCUGCAGGAGUUCAUCCCACUCAUCAGCCAGAUCACCGCCAAGUUCAAGCGGCAGGUGUCCCCGUUCCUGCAGCAGGUGUUCAUGCCGCUGGUGCACGCCAUCUUCGAGGUGCUGGCGCGGCCGGCGGAGGACAACGACCAGGCGGCCGCGCUGGAGAAACAGAUGCUGAGGAGGAGCUACUUCAGCUUCAUCCAGACCGUCACAGGAAGUGGCAUGAACGAGGUCAUGGCCAAUCAGGGAGCGGAGAACAUCGAGCGUGUGGUGUUCACCAUCAUCCAGGGAGCCGUGGACUUCCCUGAUCCCAUCGCUCAGAAAACCUGCUUCAUCAUCCUCUCCAAACUGGUGGAGCUGUGGGGAGGUAAAGACGGCAUGGUUGGUUUCCCAGACUUCAUCUACAAACACAUCGUCCCUGCCUGUUUCCUGGCUCCUCUCAAACCGACCUUUGACCUCUCGGAUGCUCAGACGGUCCUGACGCUGUCAGAGUGCGCCGUCACGCUGAAAAUGAUUCAUCUCAAACGGGGGCCGGAGUUUAUUCACUUCUUGCAGCAGGAGUAUCUUCCGUCGCUGCAGGUGUCGCCGGAAAUCUCACAGGAACUGUGUCAAGUCAUCCAGCAGCCAGACAUCAAAGUCCUGAAAAACUACAUCAAGGCGUUCUUCCAGCGAGGGAAGCUGUAGGGAAUAAAAACUGGAAGUUCACCGGGACUGAAAAGGACACUUUUGACAGGAAGUGGUCGUACACGCCACUUUUUUUUUUUUUUUACAACAACACCACCACCACCACCAACGAAGAAGAAGAAGAAAAAAAAGGACGUUAGCAUAGGAAGCUGCUUUUUGCACUUAAACAGUAAAAGCAUCACACGGCCGGUCGGUCGGUCUGUGGAGGAACCGGACUGAGCCGAGCCGAGCCGAGCCGAGCCGACGGACUCAGAGACAGAAAAGAAGCUCGGCCGCUGCAUCGGAUACACGCGGAGAGCUUCUCUGCGGAGUCGUCGCCGUCGUCAUGGAAACGGAGAGGCUUUUUUUUGUUUUUUUUUUGUUGUUGUGGAUGCUUCCUUCCUGUGUGGGAGAAAAGGAGUCGGUAAUUAUCCUCCAACGAUCCGAUCAAACCUCCGAUGAACCGAUGCUAGCUUUACUCUAGAAAACCUCGUUAGACAAACACAGUAGAGAGUUUUUUUUUUAAUUUUAGCUGCCACUGAUUGGACGAACAAUAAAAGGGCUGAAUUGUAUUAUUUUUAUUUAAAAGUGGCAUUUGAAUAUUUUUCUGAGGAUUGAAGUGAAACAUUAAAGUGCUUUCAGCUCGGCUACGCGUGCAGUUUGCCUUCAAGGGUUUUUUUUUUUUUUGGGGGGAUUUCAGAUUUAAAUUGAAAAAGCAAAAUAUGUUCUGUGUCAUCUCAACAGCUCUUAUUUUAUU